CAUCCAGCACAAUAGGACCAUUGAAACACUCAGGAUUCCCUGCACACGUGGAGACAGCACUGCGAGGAAGGACCAGCAGCCCUCGACAGCCAGAACAGGACUUUCAAGAAUGGCAGCUAAUAAGGUUGGGAAGCGACUGAUUAAUAAAACCCACUCCCCAUCCAGGAACAGAGACUCAGGACAAGCCAUACAGAGGAGGCAAGCCCGAGUCACGGUCAAAUAUGACCGCAAGGAGUUACAGAAGAGGCUGGACGUGGAGAAGUGGAUAGAUGAACGUAUUGAGCACCUUUAUGAGGGCAGGGAGGUAGACAUGCCGGAUGAGGUGAACAUUGAUGAUCUUCUGGACUUGGAAACAGACGAGCAGAGAAGAAGCAGAUUACAGAUGCUGCUGAGGUUAUGUAAAAACAACACAGAGGAAUUCAUUCGCGACCUUCUCUUCAAGCUAAAAGGGCUCCAGAAACAGACACUUCUGAGGAAGAAUGGACUGGAGGUCAGCAAGGAGGAGCCGAUUCUGGAGCAUGCGUGAUCCUGUCCAAGCACAACACGCACUGCGGUCAUUGACCAAAGAGCACAAGUUUUACAUGAAGCAAAGAGAGACUUUUGUUUUCGUGUGUUAGAUUAUCAUUUCAUGACAUGUAAACCCCCGAGGACUUUUCCUUGAAGAAUAUCCUUGUCAAAGGACUAUACCUUGCGUGCCACAUUUCUGUUAUGUCUCUCCACUGAGGGCUCCACCAUUUUCAUAUUACAGGCCUGAAGCCUGAGCUAGAGUUGACUUAA